AUGACUCGUAAACGCCGUAACGGAGGACGCGCUAAGCACGGCCGUGGACAUGUUAAGGCAGUAAGAUGCACGAAUUGUGCAAGAUGCGUUCCAAAGGACAAGGCUAUCAAGAAAUUCGUGAUUAGAAAUAUCGUUGAAGCUGCCGCUGUUAGGGACAUAAACGAAGCCUCCGUUUACACCUCAUUCCAGCUCCCCAAGUUAUAUGCCAAGUUGCAUUACUGUGUGUCAUGUGCUAUCCACAGCAAAGUUGUGCGCAACAGGUCAAAGAAGGACAGACGUAUUCGUACGCCACCUAAGAGCAACUUCCCGCGAGACAUGUCCCGCCCACAGAAUUUGCAACGGAAGUAA